UUCAAUUUAUCAUUCAUUUUGACAGAGAAACAAGCUGUGUUUUCAUGACAUAUUGGCAUUAAUUUGUUCUUUAAUUUCACUUGCUCUAGAUCAUGAGAAAUGCAUUGGAGGUUUUUUUUAAAAACCAUUUUCCUAUAAUACUUGGAAUCUGGGUAACCAUGGGAAUACCCUCUGGUAAUGAAAACUGCUGAUGAGGUCAAACCAUGUAGUUUUACCAGUUUCAAGCUGUAAACUGCAGGAAAACGGUUCCAAAAACAGGAGGAGACAAACAUCAGUGCUUAAUCUCAUUUCAUUACUGACUCGAAGCCUUUUAGAAAUACAUGCACCGCUCUCACCAUAGCUUUUUUUCCGCACACAUACUCAUUUUCUUUCUCUGCUCUUUAAGCCAGCAGCAUGAGGCAGCGAACAGUGGUGAUGUAUGUGGAGAUCGGUUGCUUUGUGUCCUGUCUGUGUGGCUGGGUUCUGAAUUGUUCCACUCUGGCCACUGAGUACUGGGUCGUCUCAGAAAGUGCGUCUGUGGUUCUCAGCGCCGGUGAUUACUAUUCCAACCUCUGGAUGGACUGUGUCGCAGACACUACAGGAGUAUCUGACUGUAAAUACUUCCCAUCCAUGAUGGACCUGCCUGUUUUCCUCCAUGUAUCCAGGGCCCUGGCUGUCGUCUCUGUGAUCUUUGGCUUCUGGGGGGCUGUUCUUGCUCUUAUUGGGAUGAAAUGUACCAAAAUCGGAGGUUCUGAGCUCGCCAACACCAGAGUUACAUUUGCAGCAGCGUUGACGUACAUGGCAUCUGGUUUUUGUGGUAUGAUAGUGUACUCCUGGUGGGGAGAAAAAGUGCGUUCAGAAUUUGUGGAUCCAUAUUUCUUAGAAUUAAAGUUUGAGCUCGGUGCAGCUCUGUUCAUCGGUUGGGGGGGUUCAUGUCUGCUUAUUUGUGGAAGUGCAGUCAUGUGUUAUUUCUCUUGGAGAGAGUCAUUCCCUAAAAGGUUUAAUAAACAACCCAGAAAAUCCCCAACCUACAUGACAGCACGCACCAGACGGAUGUACAUGCUGCCGGGCUCGUCCAGACCCACCACAGUCAUCAUCCCUCCUUCACACCAGUCAUACAGAGAGAGCAGAGGAACCAGAGCGAGUGAAGGGAGGAGAGGAACACAAGAAAGCCAGUCUGUUAGACCCAGCCUGCCCCUCAUAGACUCAGCUGUCUAAUCCAGUGUUUAAAGAAAUGGUAUCACACCAUGAUACAAUUAUUUUACAGCAUUUAUUAAUCUAGAUUAAUUUAUUCAUUUACUGUAGAUCAUUGUUAAAUCGUGUUCCUUCCUAAUACAUUAACUGAUGUUAAUUUGUAUUUCUUAAAUUGUUAAAAUAUACUAGUGAAUGUAGAAAUUA